AUGAAUGACGAUCUACCACAAACUAUUCUACGAUUGUCACAAAAUCUCAUCCAUCCAGCAACAUCUGAUUUUCUUCCGGACACGGAUAGCCGCCGUUUAGUUGGCCAAACAACCACCAAUCCACCCGCUGACAGUUGGGAUCGAAAUUCUGCAGAUACCUGCGGAGGUAUCGUGGUCCCCUUGUCCUUUGAUCGACUCACACCGUUCGAAUCGUCACAAUUUCCGAAAGAACGCGCUUAUCCUUUAGUUUGCCGCUGGAUUGUCAAGGUACCGAGUAAGAAUUGCAGUCUGGCUCGAAUCACGUUGAGGGUGGACUGUCGCAGUCGAUUUCCGGAUGUGGUCGGAUGCGCUAGAGGAUUUUACCGUGUUUAUCCAUUCAUGAAGGAAGCAAAAAUUUGCGGGCGCAUUGGCGACGUUCCGCCCUUCCAGUGGUACGUCGACAACCACCAACCAAAAGAUGUGACCAUUAUUAUGGAUAAUACAGGAAUCGGCGACGGAAACCCUGAGAGCUUGUCAUUUACCCUUCAAGGUGAAUGUGUGAAUGACAAGAAGAUUGGAGUCAGAAAGGAAAACGUCAGAUUCAGUCGACGAUGGAUAAAUCGACAAAUCGAAGAUUUUGAAGCCGGAGAAGGGCCUAGAAUAAUCAUCAAGCCCAGCCAUGGUCUCAAACAUCAAAUUCCCGUUACAAAAGUACCAAAAACUACUUCAACUAGCACAGCACCAACUAAACAACCAGCUGUUUUUAAUGACAACAAUCCUGAAAACGAACCUUGGCUCAUCUCGCAAUCCCCCGAAUCCAGCCAUCCAUCACAUUCGUCGGAUUCAGUCACCUAUUUCCCUUCGUCAAAAAACAAGUCAGCGGCCAUCAUCGACGACCGUUUGCACACCCACAACUUAUUUCAACGACUAUCAAUAAGACAUUCCAUGGGUUAUUCUAAAAUCUCCUGAGCAAACUGACGACCAUUAUUCGUCAUCAUCGUUUGCAAUUUACCCACAUAAUAACCAAGCCGAUAAUGUGAAACAACUCCCAGAAAUGACGACUACAAAUCCGUGGCUGGCUCUGAAAUCUGCUUACCUUCGUAAAAUUCUACGUUUUCGCCAUUAAAGUCAACAUCUCCCUACAAUCAACAUUACUAUUCAAAAGACCCAAACCGCAAUAUCAUAAACAAGGAAAAACUUAACACUGAAAUCACUUCUCUACUACCUAGGACAACAGCUAAAUAUAUUCCAACAACUGGCAGGCCAAUGACGACCGAUCUGCCAACAACCGAUCCACAAAGGUCUAG